AUGUGGACGCAGCCACGAAAGCGAAAUCACGGAUUCGGCUGCGACACGAACAGGAUGUGGGUUUGCAGUCUUCUCCUGUCGCUCGCUGCGGUGGUGAUCUCUGUCCCCAUCGACCGCAAGGACGUCCCAGAGACCAAAGACCAAACACAGGACGAGAGCAUGGACACGGGUCUCUACUAUGACAGAUACCUGCGCGAGGUCAUCGAGGUCCUGGAGACAGACUCACACUUCAGAGAGAAACUGCAGACGGCAAACGCAGAGGACAUCAAGAGCGGCCGUCUCUCUAAAGAGCUGGACCUGGUGGGACAUCACGUCCGCACUCGGCUGGACGAGCUCAAGAGACAGGAAGUGUCCCGACUACGGAUGCUGCUGAGGGCCAAACUGGACAGCACCAACACACAGAGUCUACAGAUGGACCACUCCUCGCUGCUUAAACAGUUCGAACACUUAGAUCCACAAAACCAGAACACGUUUGAGGCCAAAGACCUGGAGCUGCUCAUCUCUACGGCAACCAAAGACCUGGAGAACUAUGAUGCUGAGCGGCACGAGGAGUUCAAACGAUACGAGAUGCUGAAGGAGCACGAGCGCCGCGAGUACCUGAAGGGUCUGGACCAGGAGAAGAGAGAGCAGGAGCAGAGGAGGCUGGAGGAGCUGAAGGAGAAGCACCGGCAGCACCCCAAGGUCAAUGCUCCGGGCAGUGUGGAUCAGCUGAAGGAGGUGUGGGAGGAGACAGAUGGACUCGACCCCAACGAGUUCAACCCAAAAACAUUCUUCAAGCUUCACGACACAAAUGAAGACGGAGUUCUGGACGAGCAGGAACUGGAGGCUCUGUUCACCAAAGAGCUGGAGAAAGUCUACAAUCCUAAAAACGAAGAAGACGACAUGACGGAGAUGGAGGAGGAGCGGCUGCGCAUGAGGGAGCACGUCAUGGACAACGUGGAUGUGAACAAAGAUCGUCUGGUGAGUCUGGAGGAGUUCCUCAAAUCCACAGAGAAGAAGGACUUCAACAGCAAUAAGGAGUGGGAGACGCUUGACACGCAGCAGCUGUACACGGAGGAGGAGCUUCAGCGCUUUGAGGCGGAGCUUAAGGACAAAGAGGCGGAGCUACAGAAGAGGGCGGUCGCUCUGAACCAGGAACAGGAAGUACUAAGAGAGCGCGGGAAAGAGUUGGAGAACCAGAGACGAGAGUACCAGCAGGCCGUGUUGGAGAUGUCCCACAGACAGAAGCCUGAGGAUGCAGCACCACCUGCUGGAGUCAAUGGGCAACUGCACUUUGAGCCUCCCCCAAAGAAACAGGAGAAAGUGGAGAACGUGACAGACGUGUGGAUGGCCGCUCCACAGAGCCGACCCGUCCUCCUCUGA